AUGAGAACAACACUUGUUUCUUCUCUGCUUUUCGCAGUGGCAUCUGGUAUCCAAAUAACCAUAGAUACAGCCACGACAGAGGCGACGAGCCAAGCUACUUGCACUCCUGACGUAUGCAACCAAGCCGUCGGAAAACUGUCGAGCUGCAAGCACAAACGAAUGCUGGCGGAGCACGAAAGCGACUGCUCUUCAUUCCUACGAUACACUUUGGUCCCCGCAUUAAAGACUGUGACCGAGACAUACGGAGAGCAAUCGACUCUAACACUGGUUGAUACCGAGACUCUAGGACCCCAGACGGAUGAGGCGACAACAACGCUGCCGGAUGAGACUGCUACUACCAUUCUUACACUCGAGCCUGAGACCUUUACAGCCUCCAUCACCCCAACCAAGACAAUCACCGUCACAGUGACCCUGGAUCCUGAGCGACGAACACAAUUCCAGACUAAAUCGGUUAUCCAGACUGAUGUUAGCACUACCACCGAGACUGUCUACUACAGCAACCUCGCCAAACGCGGCAUCGCUGACGAAACCGGUACCAUCAUAAAGCCAACUGACAUCCCAUCCUACGCGAGCGCAUGCGCCGACACCGAACAAUACAGCAGUGCUUGUGCCUGUCUGGGUGUUGAAGUGACCACCGUCGCAGCUACCGUAUCUCCCGAGGUCGUGACUGUUGAUCUCAGACCAGCAACAAUGAUCCAGGCCGAGACUGUUACCAGGCCCGCUAUCACUAUCACCACUACACUCCCUACCAAGACACGAACGGUCACAGUUACUCUCCCUGUACCUGAUGUCACAGAGUCAACCACCCUCGAACCCACCACAGUCGCAGAGUCUACUACCGCCGAUCAAGACACCGUCAUCACCACAGUGGAAGCUACCCACGUCGACCACACCAGCGUGGUAGCAACUUCAACCCGCUCCGUCGGUCCAGUCUGCUCUACUUAUGCGGCAACAAACACUUGCAAGUGCAAGUUCGAAAUCAUCUGCGGCCAGGCAGCUGACGUCAACGGCGACGCCUUUUUCGACUCAAUAGACUUCAACGUUUAUGUCGGCAGCUUUGAAGAGUGUAUGAGCCGCUGCGACUCUAACCCUAGCUGUCAGUUUGGCGACUUUGGUCAACUUCCUAAUGGUGGACUUUGCUCGAGUUAUGCUAGAAACCCAGGGUUAUCGAACCGUGGUAGUCUAGGCGGCUUUCGCUAUUUCGAGAAGGAUGGAAACGUCAAGUGUUCUGGUUGCUCUUGA